GUCUGUCACCAUGGGCGACGCCACCGUUGUUACGAGCAGUUGGAGACUGGUGGAGGUUGGACGGGUCGUUCUCUUCGCCGGCGGUCCCUACGAUGGCCGGUUAGCAGCAAUUGUCGAGAUCAUCGAUCACAAGCGCGUUCUCAUCGAUGGACCAUCAGCGAGCGCAGACAAGGUCGUUCCCCGACACUCCGCUGCCCUUGCUGGACUUUCCCUCACUCCGAUCGUCAUCCCCAAGCUCCCGCGAGCCAUCGGUAACGCUGGGCUGAAGACGAAGUGGAACGAGGCUCAGGUUGAGAAGACCUUUGCUGAGAGCGCGUGGGCGAAGACGAGGGCACGAAAGGACAAGCGAAAGACCCUCAAUGACUUCGAGAGGUACAAGGUCAUGAGACUGCAGAAGCAGAAGCGAUUCGCGGAGAAGGUUGCGCUGGCCAAGGUCCGAGCAAGUGCUUAGGUGCAGUCAGGGUGACGAGUGAUGGCGCACGAUUCUUUCUAUCUUGCAUGG